UUGUUGUGACUAACAAAAAGGAACAUUUGUGAUGAAAAUCGGUCAACAUGAACAUAUCCAUCAAGCCCGUCUUCUCAUUCUCGCUGAAUUACAAAAUAUUCGAAAAACUAGUGACAUGUGGUAAAUAUGAUGGAAUACAUUCAUGUUUAACCGUGGUAACAAAUGCGGAUAAGAUACUGAUACACACGCCUCACAAGCGAUAUGGACUACAAAAUUCGAAGCUUUCAAUUUCGGAAAUCAAAAACGAUAUCGCGAUGUUGAACAUGAACUUUUCUAUUCGCGGUAUCAUUGCUGGGAAAAUGAAAAGUGAUGACGAGCGGGACGUUUUAGUGAUUGGAGGAUCAUCUAAUUUUCUAGUUUAUCAUGUGGAUGAGAACUAUAAUUUGUAUCAACGCGACUUUCACGAAGGUGUACGUUCUCUCCUUAUCGGGACUUUUGCCAACUUUCCAGGAAACACCUUAAUUGUAGGUGGAAAUGGUGUCAUCAAAGGGUUUAAUGCUGAUGGUGAUGAAAUAAUUUGGUUAAUCACCCCAGGAGGAGUUAACUGCAUGAUGCUCAUGGACAUCGAUAAAGACGGACAGAAUGAGUUAAUUGUAGGUACUGAUGAGGGUUGCAUUAAAAUCUACAAGAAAGAUGCAUUACUGCACGAGUUUACUGAAGGUAGUGAAAUUCAGAAUCUCAUUAUGGUAAAUCAGAACCAGUUCAUGUACAGUGUCAAAAAUGGAACUAUUGGCUUUUUCGACGAGAGUGUACGGUUGUGGAGAAUCAAGUCAAAGACCAGAGUCACUGCAAUGGCCUUAUAUGAUAUACUAGGCUGCGAAAGAAAACAAGUUAUAGUUGGAUGGAAGGGUGGCAAAAUCGAUGUGCGUGAUUCCCAGAAUGGUGAUGUGCUUUUCAAAAUGAAAUUAAAUGAUGUUGUGUGUGGGAUUGCUUGCAACGACUAUCGUGGGAUUGGUGUGCUCGAUAUUGUGAUUGUUACGGCAGAUGGCGAAAUUCGCGGCUAUACGACGCCAACAGUGAAUCUUUUGAAUCUUCAUAACCUCGCCGAUGAAGAAAUGAAUAAUCUGUUAACACAGAAGCAGAAACUUCUACUGGAGUUGAAACACUAUGAAAACAAUCAGAAACUCAACAAAGAAAUUUUGGCUACCAAUGAUUCACAGGCUGUCAACAGUAUUCCGGAGAAUGUCGGAGUCAUACCAUCCAAUACUCGGCUCCAGAUAGGAAUUUCGACGAGUUAUGAUAGCACAGACAUGAAUAUUGAUAUCACUGUUUCUACUAACAACGCGACUUCUAUUCGAGCCGUUCUAAUUUUUGCAGAUCAACUUUUCAAAGAGGAAACUCUGAUUGCGCACUUGACGAAGGAUGUCUCCAGAAUUUUAAUUCCCCUCAAAACAUUGAAGGACAACGCACAGGAUAUACACAUCAAAGCCUUUGUAGGUUAUCCAAAUAGUGUACAAUUCCACGUUUUUGAGCUUACUCGUCAGUUGCCAAAGUUUGCGAUGUAUACCAUUCCGCAUAAUCUAACGGGAUCACCGAAAAGUAUAGCUUACAUCAAUGGACUCGCAACGCAAGACACGUUCGGUGACAGUUAUGUUGAAUUCCGAAUUACGGAACGGUUGUCUCGUAUUUGCAUAUGGAUUAAUCAGAAUUUCCUCCUGCCGUCCGACAUCGAGUAUAUGACAUCAUUCGACGCAGAAACCACUGAACUCAAGCUCAACCUUAUAAGUCUGCGUACCGGCAAAAACGUGUGCCUACACUUCAACAAUGACGGCAAAACCCGUUUCUAUACCGACGACAUUGGGUUGGCUGGUGACCUCAUUCAGUCUCUGGUGCAGUUUCUGAAUAUUGAAAACAUGAAUUCUACAGCCUGUUUUCCAUCAGUUUAUGAAGAAAUCAGACAGAUGUUCAGUAAAUUGCAAGGAUUGCAAGAGACUGAAAAGCAGAUAAAUUCUGAAAUUAUUGAUAAUAUAAAUCAAGUCAAGAGUCACAUCAUACGAGCAGAGGAUGCUCGAUAUUAUAAUGGGGAUGCCGUUGUCAAAUACCAUAAUGAAAUAAUGAACACAAAUAAAGAUCUGGUAAAGAACUAUAAGAUACGCUUAGUUAACACCGGCGAGGUCCAGCUAGUUCUCAAGCGUAUUCACAGUAUUUUGUACAACGCAUCGAAACUGAGAGUUGGAUCAUUCGCCGCCUCAAUCAUCGGCAAAUUUAAGGAUGCAUUGAAGAACAACAACAUCGAAGCAGUAUUGAAAAUUAUUGAAUUAGGUGAAAUAUGAAGAAAAAAAAACCUUUUGUACGAACAAACAAUAACAAGUGUGUAAAUACUAUUACG